AUGGCCAAGGCCUGUCUGCUCAUCCAUCUGCUAAAUAAAGACAUUGAGAUUUACUGUGUGCCAGGAACUGUGUGCCAGAUGUUGAAGAAUAAUCAUCAUGACCACAAGCAAAGAGUGGAAGCCAUGAUUAAGAACAUUAAUACAAUUUCUUUGGAGAUGAAGAAGAUGAAAGAACUCUCCCAUAUCCUGCUGUGUGACCUCAAUCUCCAUUUUGGUCAGCCCCAGAAGACUGAGGACCCCAAGGAAGCAGAAACAAGCCACUCACUUGAAGAGACUGAGAUACCAGAUGUAGCCCUUGCUUCUAUCAGUUUAUCUGGAUGAUUUUUUUCUAUUUGUUUUAAAUUUCUGGUUUUGUUGACUUAAAAAUCUAGAAUAACUAAGUUUAUUAGUGUAAUUUAAAACAGUAUAAAAUUAUAA